UUGGUACGUUCCCCUCUGAUCCCUCUCUUAAGGCCCAAACGGCAGCUGGCAAGAUUAGAGAGGAGAGGACACUGACACACACACAUAGACUCUCCCUGACAGCAAGACAGUCGGCCAGGAUAGAUCCAGUUCAGACUGGAGUGGGGACAUUCAAACACAUUCAUCCAGCUACGAUCACCUCAACUGGACCCUUUAUGUCUGUGGAUCUCCAGCAACCUCACUGUGGACCUUGUCUUGUGUUGGAUUCCCACAUGCCUACUUAAUUUUGGGGUCCGGACUGAAUCAAGUGCAACUCAACAACUGGUCUUUCUGUGGUAGUUUAAACUCUUACUGACUGGGUCUGUGCUAAUCACGCUUUGGCCAUGAGCUGUUUUGGGUACCGCCGAGAGUUGAGUAAGUACGAAGAUGUCGAUGAGGACGAGCUUUUGGCCUCCCUCACCCCUGAGGAGCUGGCUGAGCUGGAAAAGGAGCUGGUGGACAUUGAUCCUGACGCCAACGUGCCCAUAGGACUCAGACAGAGGGACCAGACAGACAAGACCCCUACGGGGACCUUCAGCAGAGAGGCCCUAAUGAAGUAUUGGGAAAAUGAGACACGUAGAUUGCUGGAGGAUGAGCUGGGUGGAGGAAGUCCCAAACUGGAUGAAGAACAAGAGGAGGAAUGUGUGACAGAAGAAAACAGCGAUGCAGAGGAUGAAAAGGAUGUUGAAAAUGAGAAAGAACAGAAACAGCAGGAAACACAAGAGGAGAAGAAAGAAGAGGAGGAGGAGGAUGAUGAAGAAGAAGAAGAAGAAGAAGAAGAGAGUGAGGAAGAGGAGGAAGCUGUAACAGAGGAGGAGGAGGAAGAUGAGGAGGAAGAGGAAGAAGAUAAUAAACUAAAACCUGAACCUGUAAAGGAAUUCCGGGCGCUGACACCACGAGCCGACAGCCCAAUGCUACUGAAGCCGCAGAGGGUGGAGCCUAUGAGACUGACCCCUCCCCCUCCACCUGUCGACCCAAAUGCAACCGGAAACCCAACAGUCGUCGAUGAUGCUCUCCAAAGAGCUCUUAGCAACGACCCUGAACUCACGGAGGUUAAUCUCAACAACAUUGACGAUAUCGCACAGGAAACCCUGAUUCGAUUCGCUGAAGCUCUGAGGUCUAACACACAUGUGCGGGUCUUCAGCCUCGCGAACACUCGAGCCGACGACCCUGUGGCUCUGGCCAUUGCUAAGAUGCUGAGGGAGAACUCGUCCAUCAUCAGUCUGAAUAUAGAGUCUAACUAUGUGACUGGAAAGGGCGUGAUGGCGUUGGUUCAAGCGCUUCCUGGAAACAACACCCUGACUGAGCUUCGGUUCCACAACCAGAGACACAUGUGUGGAGGACAGGUAGAGAUGGAGAUGGUGAAGAUACUGAGGGAAAACUACACCCUGAUCAAGCUGGGCUACCAGUUUAACCUGCCUGGUCCCAGGAUGAGCAUGACGGGGAUCCUCACCAGGAAUCAGGACCGCCAGAGACAGAAACGGCUGCAGGAGCAGAAACAGCUGCAGGGCCAACUGGGGGUGCCAGAGGGAGCGGUCAACCCCAGAACCACUGCACUGAAAGGAACUCCUCGUUCAUCACCUUACAGCUCACCCAGGGGCUCUCCUUGGUCCUCACCCAAACUCCCCAGGAGUGACCUGGCCAAAAAGCAAACUCCUCCUGCUCCACCUCCUCCUCCCCCUCCACCACCUCCUCCUCCACCACCUCCUCCUCCACCACCUCCCUCGCAUCGGGAGAAGAUGAAGCCCACCAGGAUGAUUGCGGAGGUCAUCAAGGCGCACGAGGCGGGCAGCAAGAAGGUGAAGAAGACAAAAGGGAAGAAGGGCAAGAAGGGGAAGGUGUCAGAGAGAGACGAUACACCUAGCAUCCUGAAGGAGCUCAAGAAUGCACUGAGGCCCAUGUCGGUGGACAAGAGAGGGGAGGAGGGCAGCAGGCCAUCUACGCCCAUGAGGUCGGCCCACGACCAGCUGAUGGAGUCUAUUCGCAACAGCAGCGUCCGCAGCCUGAGACGGGUUGAAGUCCCACAUCAUCUACGAUAAUACAAGUGACGUAAAAGAGGUCUCUUCGUUGCCAUGGAAAUUCGGGGCAUCUGCCUAAUGAUGACGAUGGAGUGAUGAAAGCACAUGAUGAAAACAUGUUGGGAUUGCUGAGGAGGCAAAAAACUGAAUACUUACUCAUGAAAAAGAAAACUAUACUGGGAAUUUGCACUGCAACAAUAGCUUUACAAGUUUUUUUCUAAAGUAUAAAAACAUAAUUGAAAAUGGUAUUUGUAUUUUAAUUUUGAGUUGACUGAACUGUUUACUGAUACGUUUUUUAAUUCAUUGUUUUCUUGUAAAAUUGUAAAUAUGGUCUGUUGUUGGGUGAAUCGUGUUCAUUUCUAAAUAUAGCCAUUUGGUGUUUACAAUG